GGAAUCCAGCCGAGAUCUCUUGGAUCAUAGGUCGAUGCUCAACUGCUGAGCCACGCCGGCUGGGCUCAGUCAUUUUUGACAUGGUACUAAGAAUAAGGAGGUAGGGAUUCAGUAAUCUCUCCUUCCCGACUUAACUUUAUAAAGUUCUUCUAUAGUUUUUUCUUUCAAACCUUCUGUGUAACCCUGGAGAAAAAGCCACAUUCAGUUUGAAAGAUGCAGGUUGGAAGGCCUGUGUGGCAUUUUGAAAGUGGAGUUUUAAUUUUUUCCCCUAUUAAAUUUAUUGGGUGUGACAUUGGUUAAUAAAGUUAUAUAUGUUUCAAGUGUACAAUGUAUAUAAUACAUCAUCUGUAUAUUGCAUUGUGUGUUUACCACUCAAAGUAAAAUCUCUUAAUUUUACUAGUUAGUAGUCAGGUAAUGUAGGCCUCUGAGAACCCUUGGUUUGGACACUUUUGUUCGGGGAAGCUGGGCACAGCCUGAGACCGAUGGUUGGACUGGAGAACAUGCUUUACCUUUCUCAAACCUUUUCCCUCCCAGAAUGAAGGAGGAACUUCAAACCCACUAUUCAGUGACCUUGGAGGAAAAAUAGUUAUUUUGCUGUGUUCUCUGUUAUCAUUCUCUGCUAACCUUUGCCAAAUAUCCACUGAGGUGAUAGCUACAGAGUUUCUGUAUGGAGGAGCAGUUGUCUCCCUGCCCAGUUUGCACAGCAAACUGGUUAAUUUUACUCCAGGUGUUUUUUUUUUUGCAGAUUAAUAAAAAUAGCAAGGACGCUUUCACUCACAGCAAAGAUUGAGAAAAGGUUCCAGUUACUGUCCACAUCAAAGAAUGCAUUUGUUUGGGACUAAGUCUACCCCAAGUGACCCCUGUCCAUUGAGAGAUUAGCCUCCCUUAAAAGGCCUUUGUGGCCCCCAGAGGUUUCUCUUAGAUGAUAAAGUGCAAUUUACAAGUGAUUGAAGUGCAGUGUAUGAGUGAUAGAAAUAUUACACAGACAGGUGCAGGACUCACGCCGUGUCACCCAGCAAGCCAACCAGGACUGAUAUCUGAUGUUAAUGGCAGUUAGAAUUUCAGCUGUAGGGAGGGUUUGUUGCAGUUUGCUGUUACUGCCUAUUUCCCCUCUGUGAUCUGAGAUGAAGAAAAGUAUCCCUUCAGUGGCCUGAGACAGGCUGUAGAGCAGGCCACCCUCUGGCCUUGGCUGAAGCUGACUCUUGGAAUUCACAGCAGGCCUUGGGAUUGUCUUGGGGUCAGAGCAAGGUAAAAUAAGAGAACUGCUUAUCUCAGGCUAUAGGAUUUUUUCUAAAAUUGUAGUUUUUGCAUUGCAGGUAAGAGGUCAAAACAAUGAUCCCAGUAGCAACUGGAAAAACAGCUAUUGCAUCUUGUAAAUGAGGAGAAUCUACCUUUCAGCCUCCCUGAGCCCAAGUUCCUGCUCAUUUCCUGCAGCUGGGUACCCCAAGGUGGAGAUUCUGGAUGCAAAGACUAGGGAGAAGCUGUGUUUCCUGGACAAGGUGGAGCCUCAUGCCACCAUCGCAGAGAUCAAGAACCUUUUCACUAAGAGCCAUCCACAGUGGUACCCUGCCCGCCAGUCCCUCCGCCUGGACCCCAAGGGCAGAUCACUGAAGGAUGAGGACAUUCUGCAGAAGCUGCCUGUGGGCACCACAGCCACACUGUACUUCCGGGACCUGGGGGCCCAGAUCAGUUGGGUGACGGUCUUCCUGACAGAGUACGCGGGACCCCUUUUCAUCUACCUGCUCUUCUACUUCCGGGUGCCCUUCAUCUAUGGCCACAAAUAUGACUUCACGUCCAGCCGGCACACUGUGGUGCACCUUGCCUGCAUCUGCCACUCAUUCCACUAUGUCAAACGCCUACUGGAGACGCUCUUCGUACACCGCUUCUCCCAUGGUACCAUGCCCUUGCGCAACAUCUUCAAGAACUGCACCUAUUACUGGGGCUUUGCUGCGUGGAUGGCCUAUUACAUCAAUCACCCUCUCUACACGCCCCCCACCUAUGGAGCUCAGCAGGUUAAACUGGCACUGGCCAUCUUUGUGAUCUGCCAGCUGGGCAACUUCUCCAUCCACAUGGCCCUGCGGGAUCUGCGGCCGGCUGGAUCCAAGACCAGGAAGAUCCCAUAUCCCACAAAGAAUCCCUUCACGUGGCUCUUCCUGCUGGUGUCCUGCCCCAACUACACCUAUGAGGUGGGGUCGUGGAUCGGCUUUGCCAUCAUGACACAGUGUCUCCCAGUGGCCCUCUUCUCCCUGGUGGGCUUCAUCCAAAUGACCAUCUGGGCCAAGGGCAAGCACCGCAGCUACCUCAAGGAGUUCCAAGACUACCCACCCCUGCGCAUGCCCAUCAUCCCCUUCCUGCUCUGAGUCACCCACCCCCACUGGCUUCUACCAGUCGAACUCUCAGGAGCUGGCUCUUGUACCCCCACCCCGGGUCCUUCUUGGGGAGGGAUGGGGGUAUACCGCUCUCCAGCACCUGAAAUAAAAUCUGCCUGACCAGCCGGA